AUGAAGAAUGAAGAUUAUCUAGGUUGUGAGGAAGUUAAAGCUGCUCUUUUCUCUAUUCCAGGAGCCAAGGCACCUGGUCCAGAUGGUUUUGGGUCUCAUUUAUACAAGGAUUCAUGGCAUAUUGUUGGAAAUGAAGUUGUUGCAGCUGUUCUUGAUAUGCUACAGCAUGGUAGAAUUUUGAAAGAGCUGAAUCAUACAGUCAUUACCUUAAUUCCUAAAACUAAAUGCCCUAAAGAUGUGAGUGAGUUUAGGCCUAUUUCUUGCUGUGGGUUUGUACAUGGUAGAUUCAUAGCGCAUAACAUCAUGGUUGUUCAGGACUUGGUGAGACAAUAUGGAAGGAAGGGUGUGAAGCCUAGCUGUCUCAUGAAAAUUGAUUUGCAAAAAUCUUAUGACACUGUUGAUUGGCAUUUUCUUCAGGAAAUGUUAGAGUAUUUGGAGUUCCCUACAGUUUGUGGAUCUUGCUAUGCAGUGUGUUUCUACCCCAAUGUUUUCUCCGAUGUUCAAUGGCUCUAUGCAUGUUUCCAUCCAAGGUGUAAAGAGAUUAAACUUACCCACUUGUGUUUUGCUGAUGAUCUGAUUCUCUGCUGCAAGGGUGAUUAUCCUUUUAUCUUGUUGCUGCUUCAAGCUUUUAAGCUUUUCUCCAAUUCUUCUGGUCUUAAAGCUAACCAAAGGAAGUCUUCCAUUUAUUGUAAUGGUGUGCCAGAAAGAGAUGUGCAGAGAGUAGUAGAUGUUUCUGGUUUCACCAGAAGUUUGCUUCCUUUUAAAUAUUUGCGAGUCCCAAUAUGUUCCAAAAACAUCUCAGUUGCUCAAUGUAGCCACCUAGUGGAUAAAAUCAUAGCCAAAAUCAAGAUGUAG